AGUUGGCAGCGGUGGACUCGCCGGGAGGACUGGAGAAAAUCUGUUUCGAGAACGGGCUGAGGUGGAGGGUGUGGGUAGUAGGAGUAGUCCAUCCUUUGCAGUUCAGAGCAAAGGAAGGCUCAACGGAUUAGAGAAAAAAGGAGAGAAAAAAAGAAAAACGAAAAAAAAGAAGUCGAAUGGAGAUGUGCCUGAGCCUGUGGAAUAUUUAUGUCUUUGAAUAGGGAGAGAAGAGAGAAAGCAGAGGCAGAGGCAGAGGAGGAGAGAGGAGAGAGGGGAGGAACUGCGGAGAGGGAAGAGGGGGUGGGCGGCGGCGGCGGUGCUGGUCGUGGUGAUAGGCGAUCUAUCUAUGGCGACUGGUACCGUUUGAAUGGUACCUCCAGCCGGAGCAUUUUUCCUUGUCUUUAUGGACUGUCCUGGCGAGUCGCGACAGGCCCCAGGGUGUGUUGUGAGUCGCCGAGAGGUCUCCUGCUGGCUGAGACCUGCCCUCUCUGGACCGCGCCGAGCAGGGCUGCAGAGCGAGGGUUCUGGUCAAAUGGGAGAGACCGAUUCCAGCACCUCGCUAAGGAAGCGCAAUUUAAGUGAUCCUUUGACCAGCCUUACGCAUACGCACGCUCGUAUGAACCAGGCAGGCAUCAUUCGACAAGUUUUGGGGGCCGAUUCUGGGACAACCGACCGGAGUAGAAGAAGAUCGUGACACUCCCACGGGCCCGAGAGAAGGGUUUCAGUUUUUUAGCCGGUGCGC